AUGGCGGCGGCUGUGACCUUCUGCCGGCUGUUGGGCCGGAGUCGGGUGGCUACGCUGAGCCUGCCUCAGGGCGCUAGAUGUUUCGGGGUGCGGACUUCGCAGACGGGGGAGAAGAUCACGCAUACUGGCCAGGCUUAUGAUGACAAAGAUUAUAGACAAAUUCGGUUUGUAGGUCGUCAAAAAGAGGUGAAUGAGAACUUUGCCAUUGAGCUGAUUGCCGAGCAGCCCGUGAGUCAGGUGGAGAGCCGUGUGAUAUCCUGUGACGGCGGGGGAGGCGCCCUGGGCCACCCCCGAGUGUACAUCAACCUGGACAAAGAGACAAAAACUGGGACGUGUGGUUAUUGUGGACUCCAGUUCAAGCAUCAUCAUCACUAG